GGGGCUUGGAGGGCUGGCCUUUCGGAGAGGCGACAUGUCGGCGGCAUUGAGAUGCGUGAAGGGAAUGGUUGGCCUGGUGACUGGUGGUGCUUCCGGGCUGGGCCGGGCCACGGCGGAGCGGCUGGUGCAACGGGGGGGCAGCGCCGUGCUGCUGGACCUGCCGACGUCCGAGGGCGAGAACGUGGCCCGAUCCCUGGGGGAGCGAUGCGUCUUUGCUCCGGCAGAUGUGACCUCUGAGGCAGACGUGAAGGCCGCUUUGGCGCUGACGCGGGAGAAGUUUGGCCGCCUGGACGUGGCGGUGAACUGUGCCGGUGUCGCCGUGGCGUUCAAGACCUACAACAUGAAGAAGGAUCUCCCCCAUAGCUUGGAGGACUUCCAGAGAGUCAUCAACGUGAACAUUGCUGGAACGUUCAAUGUCAUUCGCCUGGCGGCAGGUGAGAUGGGGCGGAACGAGCCAGAUGCAGAUGGACACAGAGGGGUGAUCGUCAAUACGGCCAGCGUGGCGGCCUUUGAGGGACAGGUCGGCCAGGCUGCUUACUCUGCUUCCAAGGGAGGCAUUGUGGGAAUGACCCUGCCCAUCGCUCGUGAUUUAGCCCCCAUGGGGAUCCGAGUCGUCACCAUUGCGCCAGGCCUGUUUGCAACUCCCCUGCUGGCGUCGCUUCCUGAAAAAGUACGGACGUUCCUGGCCCGCCAGGUGCCCUUCCCGAGCCGGCUGGGCGCCCCAGGCGAGUACGCUCAUCUGGUGCAGUGCAUUGUGGAAAACCCCAUGCUCAACGGUGAAGUGAUCCGGCUGGACGGCGCAAUCCGGAUGCAGCCCUGAGCUCGCGGCCCUGUGCGGGGGGAG